AUGAACGCUAGCGUUUUGCCGGUCGCCAUCUUUAUUGAGAACUCGCGCGCGCGCUGUUUGUUCGUCGUCACCGUGCUCGUCGUCAUAGCUUGUUCACUCGUCGUUGGAAGAAUUUGCAACUCUAAAUAAUGAACGACACCCACGACAAUGCCAAAAUCAAAACGUACCCUACGGCGUCAUAUUUCUAAUGCAGUCAGAGAUAGUGUCAACUUAGUUACAGCGUCAACUUUUGACAAUGAGCUCUCCCUGCAAACAAACCCUGUCCUGUCAAACCCUGUCUUGUCAAACCCUCAGAGAGGUUAUCUGAAUGCUGCACUCUCCUCCGAGUCGGAGACGUGCUCUGAGCAGGAAUCGAGUGAAACAGGCGAUCCCUCUUCACAAGACCAACUGGGGUCCAUCUCGGAUGAUUCUUGCAUAUCCUUUGACUCUAGGGAACAGCAGUUUUCUGCUGACAUAAACCACAUCACUGAGGAACUGGUGCCAAGCACAUCUGUAUCAGUGAGUGCUACACAGAAGAAUAGUGUUGAGAGCUUCAAAACAAUGCUCCAGACAUGGGCUAUAAGACACAAUGUAACUCAUGAGUGCUUGACAGAUCUUUUGAAGGUUCAGCGCACACACCCUUGCUUUGCAGAGCUGCCAGGGUGCUCUAGAACCCUUCUUCAAACACCUAGAAUGUGUAUGGGCAUUGUGAACAUAGGUGGCGGCCAGUACUGUCAUUUUGGUCUCGCUACUCAACUUCAGCAAAGCCUUGAGAAUGUCCAACACUUUCCCGGAGUUCUGAAUUUGCACAUCAACAUUGAUGGACUUCCCUUGAGGAAAAGUACAAAAGAACAGUUUUGGCCAAUUCUUUGCCAGGUGGUUAACUGUGGACCAGGCAUACCAUUUCCAGUUGGUGUGUUCUAUGGGCAUUCAAAGGCUCUGAAAGCAAAUGAAUUCCUACAACCACUCGUAGAUGACUUAAACGCGGCACUUGACUCCGGCGUGACCAUUAGGGAUGUGACCGUCCAAGUGAAGCUUACAGCAUUAGUGUGUGAUGCUCCAGCUAGAGCCUACAUCCUACAUAUCAAAGGUCACUCGGGCUACUCAAGUUGCAGUAGGUGCACUACUGAGGGAGUCUCGCUUGGUAGGAUGUGCUUCCCCGAGUUAGACGCCCCUUUAAGAACAAAUGACAGUUUCAGGAGCCAUGUUGAUGAGGGUCAUCACACUGGUGUGAGCAUACUUGAGAAACUACCAAUUGACAUGGUAGCACAAGUCCCGCUUGACUACAUGCAUUUGGUGUGCAUUGGUGUCGUGCAUAAGCUGAUGAGGGUCUGGUUUAAAGGACCAAAAGCCUGUCGGAUGGGGUCAAAUGUAAAGGAUGAGCUCUCCACCAAAAGCGAAGCACUGCGGCAUUUUGUUCCAUCAGAUUUUAGUCGUCGGCCUCGAAGUUUUUGGGAUAUGGAGAUGUGGAAAGCAACGGAAUUCAGACUUCUUCUGCUGUACACUGGUCCUGUGAUCUUUCCAUCCACAGUUCGAUCAGACCUUCAGGCAAACUUUAUGAUUCUCCAUUGUGCCAUAACAAUCCUGGCUUCACCAAGGCUUUCAAAGGAGCUUGUUGAUUAUGCUGAAAAGCUUCUGCGUUACUUUGUGGAGACCUGCAAGUCACUGUUUGGAACCGAAUUUAUUUCAUACAAUGUUCAUGGGCUCUUGCACUUGGCAAAUGAUGUCAGGGCACACGGUCAUUUGGACAGGUGGAGUGCCUUUGCAUUUGAAAACUACAUGCAAAACUUCAAAAAGAGUUUGAGGAAACCAGAAAAGCCACUAGAACAACUCUGCAACAGGCUAGCAGAAAAAAAAAAUGCCGUUGCUUUCAAGGACAAGAUCCGACCAAGCGAAUCAAUAAAAUUUUCCGGGAAGCAUGAAGACUUUCCACUGCCAUCACACUGUCGGAGCCCUCAGUACAGAAAAGUCGACAUUCCAGGAAGGUUCUGUAUUGCAACAAACAAACGAGACAACACAUGUACACUUCUGGAUGGUGGCAUCAUAGAGGUUCACAGCAUUGCAUUUUCAUGCUUGUCCAAGAAGCCAGUGCUUGUUGGAAGGAGGUACUCUGUAGUAGAGGAUCUGUACACAUAUCCAUGCCGGUCGUCGCUUCUUAAUAUUUCUCUAGUUUCUUGCCCACACACCGUGUCAUCAUGGCCCCUACAAGAUGUGGCGUUCAAAUGUGUUCGACUGCCUCUGGGUGACAAGUUUGCAGUCUACCCACUGUUGCAUCUCAAUUGAGCUAUGUUAGACGAGUUCUGGGAUGCUAUGUUUGGCUUUGCUGUUACCUUUUCCCAAAGGCCACAGGAGCGACGAUGUCGCUGCUGACGUGUCCGAUUGGUUAGAGUUGCGCACUGGUAGAUGUCUUAAAAUGCAACAUUUCAUCUUUCUCAGAGAAACCAUUUAUUAUCGCAAAGUUUCCCGAUGAAGAGAAUGGUGUGGCACUCAUACAUGAGAGCUGGUUAGACGGGGACAUCUGCUAUUGGCCAAAGGACACU